UUUGCUUUCCUCUCUGCGGUUGGAAGUGGACCCUAUUUUUGAUUAAACCUCAAGGCUUGCAAUUUCAGUAUAAAAGCCUGUCCGAGAUCGUUUCCAUUCAUCAGUUCUUUUCCGGAUCAAUCCAGUACACUCCUACAACUUCCAAACAUGAACAAGUUCGUUGUUUUCGCCACAUUGUUUGCUGCGGCUAUCGCUGCCGAGUUGCCAGCCUACUCGAAGCCGUCAUACCCUGCACCAGCUUAUCCAGCUGCAGCUGCAGCUUAUCCAACUCCGGCUCCAGCUGCUUACACAACGAAAGCUGCUUACCCGACACCGGCUCCUGCUUACUCGAAGGCAAGCAACGAACAACCAGCCUAUAGCAAACCUGCCGAAGAAGAUCAUCCACCGAUGCCAUUCAGCUUCGCUUACGAAGUUAAGGACGAUCCCACUUACCAGGACUUUUCGCACAAUGAGAACAGUGACGGCAAAGUCAUCUCUGGAUCUUACCGUGUAUCUCUCCCUGAUGGCCGCAUUCAAAUUGUCAGCUACAAAGCUGACGAAAAAGGAUAUGUCGCUGACGUGAAAUAUGAAGGAGAGGCCAAAUACGACGAAUACAAACCAGCCGCUGCCCCGGCUUACCCCAAAUCAGCUUCUCCAGUGGAAUCGCGCUACCCUAAGCCAGCGUAUCAAACUGAGGAUUCUUAUUCUAAGCCCAUCUACACAACUGAAAAAGCUUACCCCAAGCCAACCACCACUGAAAAGCCUGCCUACCCCAAACCAGCCUACCCAGCUGAACCAGCCUACCCCAAGCCGGCCUACCCAGCUGAACCAGCUUAUCCCAAGCCAACCACCACUGAAAAGCCCUCAUAUCCCAAGCCAGUCUACCCAGCUGAGCCCGUUUACCCUAAGCCUUCUUACCCAGUCGAACCUGCCUACCCCAAGCCGGCCUACCCCAAGCCAACCACCACUGAGAAACCUGCCUACCCAGCUGAACCAGCUUACCCUAGGCCGUCUUAUCCUAAGCCCGCUUAUUAAAUCUGAUCUUAAGAAAAUUAACUCUGUGAAUGAUUGAACCUGUCAUCCUCUUCCUUUCACGCAAAGCCUUCUGUAAUUUCAGUAAAUUAUUGCAAUUAAUAUAAACACAGUUUUCACUUGUAA